AUGGCCUCGACCGCCGACACAGGGAAGACUUAUCAUCGUGAAUGUACAGGCGAGGCGUAUAAGACAGCCCAGGCGCACAUCAGCCCGAAGGAUAUCACGCUGUUCGCUAGCUGUUUUUGUCCUUUUGUGCAACGCAUCUGGGUAGCAUUGGAAUUUUAUGGAAUAGACUACAGGCUCGGCCACCGACUAAGAUGCUUCGAUUUAGAUGAGGUCGACCCCUACAAGAAGCCUGCAGAUCUCCUUGAAGUAUCUCCGAAAGGCCUCGUUCCUGCAUUGAGGCUGGAGACAUACAAGCCGCCGCGAGCCGUAAAUGAGAGCACUGUCAUACUUGAGUUUCUCGAAGACUUAGCAUCGUCUACAGUGAAGCGCAGCCUGCUUCCACCUGUCACCGAUCCAUAUGCACGCGUUCUUAUCCGACUUCAAUUGGAUCACGUCAACCGUACACUGGUUCCUGCCUUCUAUCGUUUUAUCCAAGCCCAAGAGGAGUCGCAAAUUCAGACGGGAAAAGAAUUCGUGCAAGCCAUCGAUGGACUCGUUAAGCUCUUCCAGCGUGCAGCUCAAGAGACCAAUUCAUCGUGCGGGUUGUGGUCGGACGGUGGAGAGUUGAGCUUGACCGAUGUUAUGGUCGCACCGUGGCUCUUCCGUGCUACAAAUGUUCUCGCCCAUUAUCGUGGAUUUAUGCUCCCAGAGGGACCGCAGUUCCGCUCUUACAUGGAGCGUCUUCUCAACUACCCCGCGUUCAAGCGCACUUGCAGCACGGCGGACUUGUAUAUUGACAGUUACGAAAGGUGA